ACAGAAGCAAAAAGCUGCGCCCAACUACUUAAAGAUGGUUUCACUUCCAAUGGCGUGUACACCAUCAAUCCAGAUGGCGGUAAACCAAUACCAGCGUUGUGUGACAUGACCACGGACGGUGGAGGUUGGACCGUUUUUCAGAGACGUUUGGACGGCUCUAUUGACUUCUUUCGUGACUGGAAAUCUUACAAAGAGGGGUUCGGAAGUUUGAGCGGCGAGUUCUGGUUCGGAAACGACAAUCUUCACCGUUUGACGGAUGCUAAUGACGUCAUGUUGAGAGUUGACUUGGAGGACUUUGAGGGGAACAUCACAUACGCUGAGUACAAUACAUUUAAGGUGGCACACGAGGCUGAUAAUUACAGUCUCACUCUCGGAGAAUACAAUGGCACAGCGGGAGAUUCCUUCAUGUUUCAUAGGUAUCAUUAUUAGUCAAGAAAUACUUUGGUGUUGAACGUAUUACGAUCUCUCUCAUGCACGAUUAACUCUUUUCUUCUCUCUUCAUAUUCUUUAAAAGUGAAGUUGCCUCUGAAACUGAAAGGUCAUAGGAAUCGUAGAGGUGGUGUUUAGGAAAAUGUCGUUUAUGUAAACCAGACACGAGCACAAUCGGUUGCCAGUAGUGUGACAAAGCUCCUUUUUAGUCAUGGGAGUGUUUGUUUUCACCACUUCAGUAACAGUUUUCGAAAAGAGUGUAAAAUGGGCAACACUUCCAAUUAAGCAUAUGAAUCAAAAGAAAAACCGAGGGGGAUUACUAAAAGGAUACCAAACAGCUCAUUAAAGACAAGAUUUCUCCAUCAGGGUCUAGUCGUUCAAAACCCAAUGAGGCAAGCCAAGGAUCAGAGUAGAUUUUUAUUGCACCUUAACAGCUCUGCAGGUUUUCUUAAUCAUAUUUCAUCAUUUUCAAUCUUUCCUGGCAUGAUGACAACAACCCCACAUAACUACGAGAUAACGAAUGAAUGGUUUCACACGAGGAAAGGCAAAACCAACUUAAAAUUCUAAUCCUGAAUUAGCGCAGAUGACCUUUUUGAACAUUUACGCCCACCUGGAAGCCUAAAUAUUGAAUGGCCCUAACACAUAAGUUAACGAUAAAUCUUGAAAGAGAACUCUCAGAAAAACAUCUGAGUAUUCUCUUCCAUUCUUUUGCAUUUACCAUGCAUGUUUCUAUCUCAGCCUGUUUUGAUUUGUUUUGAAACUUUUAACAAUAAUUUUUUCUUUCAGUUCAAGUCAGUUUUCCACCAAAGAUAAAGAUAAUGACCAGGAUGAAUAUCGGCACUGCGCGGACAAUCAUAAAGGAGGCUGGUGGUUUGCUGCACCUGGGUGCAUCCGCUCUUUUCUUAACGGGUUAUACGGUUCUGACGCCAGCCCGUCUGGAAUUAUCUGGGAAGGAUUUCAAGGAUUAUAUACUGCACUCAAGCGUUCUGAGAUAAAAAUCAAGCCGAAAAAUCUUUGA